UCCACUGAUUUUUAAAAUAUUGCCAAAUAGCUGUAGCAUAGAAAUAUUUGGGUCUUUCAAUCCCAAAGUCAUAUUCUUAAUUUUUAGGCAAGACUUCAAAUCCAAAAGUAGUUGGAUCCGAACAUGAUUCGGAUCAACCCUAAUUUUCCACGACACAACCUGUUUUAAGUAGCCUGUAUGAAAAGUGAUUCUGUGAGUGAUCAUAAUCUAAUAGGGGGGUUGACUCCAUGACUUAAUCUCGGUGCUGUUCCCAUGGGUUUGAAGGUGAUCAAAAGAGAGUCUCUCUGGGCAGCUCAGAGGGAAGAUUUGAGGAAAGUGAUGGAGUUGCUAUUGGUGAGAGAACACCAUGCUAGAACUCUUCUCAUUCAUUACAGAUGGGAUGUUGAGAAACUGAUCCCAGUAUACUUCGAGAAAGGGGAAUCUCGUAUGUUUUCUGAAGUGGGAGUCACUAGGGAUGAACCUGCGUUUGUCACUCAACAUGAACCUUCCUCUACAUUGCUCUGCAACAUUUGUAUGGAUGAUGUGUCUGCAAAUGCCGUGUCGAGAAUGGACUGCGGUCAUUGCUUUUGCAAUACUUGUUGGACGGGUCACUUUGUUGUCAAGAUAAACGAGGGCCAAAGCAAGCGGAUCAGGUGUAUGGCCCAUGAAUGUAACACUGUUUGUGAUGAAGCCACUGUUAGAAGCUUAGUUAGUGAGAGACGCCUUGAUUUAGCUGAAAAGUUCGACAGGUUUCUUCUCGAGUCGUAUAUUGAGGACAAUAAGUUGGUGAAAUGGUGUCCUAGUACACCACACUGUGGGAAUGCAAUAAGGGCAGAAAAUGAUGAGUUCUGUGAGGUGGAAUGCUCUUGUGGUUUGCAGUUUUGUUUCAGUUGUUCAUCGGAAGCCCAUUCUCCUUGUCCGUGCUCUAUGUGGCAGCUCUGGAAACAAAAGUGCCACGAUGAAUCCGAGACAGUUAAUUGGAUUACUGUAAAUACAAUGCCUUGUCCCAACUGUCACAAACCAGUUGAGAAAAACGGUGGCUGCAACCUAGUUCGUUGCGUAUGUGGGCAAUCGUUUUGUUGGCUGUGUGGCGGAGCUACGGGCCGUCACCAUACUCGGUCGAGUAUUGAUGAUCAUAGUUGUGGUCGAUAUAAAGACGUGGAGAAGGCCGAGCAUGCAAAAAGAAACCUAUACAGAUACGUGCAUUAUUAUAGCCGUUAUAAAGCUCACGCAGACUCCUUUAAGCAGGAAUCUCAGCUGUGGGAGAUGAUUGAGGACAAAAUAUCAAAUCUGCAAGCAAGGGACUUAAAAUCGAGAGAUUUCAGCUGGGUUACAAAUGGGCUUCGCCGGCUACUUACAUCAAGACGGGCUCUUUUAUACUCACAUCCUUUCGCGUUCUAUGCUUUUGGUGAUGACUUCUUUAAGGAUGAGAUGAAAGAAAAGGAAAGUGGGCUGAAGUGGCAUUUUUUUGAGGACCAGCAGCAGCAACUCGAGUCGAAUGUUGAAAAGCUAUCUGAGAUUCUUGAGGAGCCGUUCGAUGAGUAUGGUGACGAACAAGUCAGGCAGAUAAGGAUUCAAGUCAUAGAUUUAUCAGUGAUCACUGAUAGCCUCUGCAGAAGAAUGUACGAGUGUAUUGAGAAUGACUUAUUGGGCUCACUUCAACACACUGUUCAAAUUAUUGCUCCAUACCAGUCUAAAGGCAUUGAGAAGGCAGGAGAGCUAUCUGUCGGAUGGGGCGCUCAAGUAAAUGACAAAGGAAAAGGCCAGAAGGCGGAUGGUGAUGCGAUGGUGAUCAGCCAGGCAUCGACUUCGGAGGAGUCUGCACUGAUAUUGUGGAAGCACCCUACAUAUGAAGGCAGUGUGACUGAAUUGGUUUCUCAACUUUUUUGCUAAGCUUCUUACAAUUUUACAUGAGGUAUGUGAUGCAGUACUAAAUCUACAUGUGUAAUAUUUUCUUCUGAUUCAUACAAUGAUUUGGUCUGUACAUAAUUGAAGGAUUGAAGUUUUUGUAUAUAAUAAAUAUGACUCAGUUGUUACUUA